UUGCUGGCCAGCGGUCAAGUCUUUUGAUGAUAACAGCACUAUAGGAUGUACUUCCUGUAUAUCAAACAGGAUAUAAUAAUGCUGAUUUUUGUUGCAUGUGAAAUUGACUUGAUGUAGAUUGAGAUCUCCCUAUCACAACCUGUGCAAAUCAAUAGUUGACGAUGACAAGUUAAAGAUUCUGACCAGUCGAUAAAAAGAGUUUUGUUGAUCGAGAUGUAAAUUAGUGUUAAAAUCAGUUUGGCUUCAUUACAAGGAAAUAAGACAGCAAUUGACAGAAUGGACGAAGAUGUUGUAACUGGAUAAAUACUGUGGAAAUAUAUUACUGGACUAUUUUAAAUGAACAAUGUCGGAUUUGACAAAUAAUCCUCAUUUGAAAGCAUUUCUGGAAAGUUCAUUGAGCUGUGUAAAGACACCAGAUGACGGAGAUCUAUAUUGUAAUACUACAUCGGACUUCCUCGGCUGUUGGAAUUUUACGAAAGCGGGGACAGUAAUGAUUAAACAAUGCCCUUCUCUUCCAGGCUUUAACACAAAAGAAAUAGCACAUAAAAAUUGUUCAGAAAAUGGUACAUGGGAACGUGCUAACUAUAUGGAAUGUCGAAUGACCAAAGAAAUAGAGGAGGAUAUGAACAAAGAAGUGUUGAAUGCUUUUCGUCAUAUAUACAUAUCACUGGUUGGAUUCUCUAUAUCUAUUACCUUGUUGGUGAUAUCAUUGUUUAUAUUUUUCAAAUUCAGACAACUACGUUGUGACAGAAUAACCCUGCAUAAAAACCUGUUCAUUUCUUAUUUACUGACUGCUAUUAUGUAUAUCCUGUAUAAUGUAUUGGUUAUAAUGAAUGGUGAUGUACUCCAUGAUCAACCGAUUUGGUGUGUUGUGCUUCACGUUAUUACACAAUAUUGUGUUGUGUGUAAUUUUGCCUGGAUGUUCUGUGAAGGUGUUUAUCUUCACACUAUAAUGGUGAAAACGUUUACUACGGGAAAAUGGCUCAUUAUUGUCUGUACCGUUAUAGGCUGGGUGUGUCCGUUUGUGUUAGUAGGAGUUUAUACAGCAGUAAGAGCCUCAAGCAAAGAUGAUAAUAUACUUUGUUGGAAUCAAGAAAGUACAUUACAGUGGAUAAUGUUUGCUCCAGUGGUAGCAUCUAUUUUUUUGAAUUUGAUUUUUCUGUGCAAUAUAGUGAGAUUGUUGAUAACAAAACUACGACAGAUACCAGAAGCAGGACAGACAAGAAAAGCCACAAGAGCAACAUUAAUUCUUAUUCCAUUGCUUGGUAUACAGUACUUAUUGUUCCCUAUCAAACCAGUCGAAGGAUCUAGUUGGGAAGAGGUUUACCUAAUAGUUGUAGCACUUCAUUUAUCAUUACAGGGGGCGUUUGUUUCCAUCAUAUUUUGCUUCUGCAAUGGAGAGGUAAUUACAGUUAUAAAACGUAAAUGGGCUCUUCACAGGGAAAGUACUUUUACAAGUAAAGGACGUUACAGAGCGCCUUCAACCAUAGGCACGACAUCUUACACCCUAGUGGAUCACGUGUCGGGUGUUGCUACAUCUGUCACGUGAUCAGUCGUUAUGGCAGACCACAAAGAAAAUGUUUCAAAUAUAAUUAUCAUUACACAAUAGUAAUUGGUGAGCUGUUAGAAAAAUGACUGUGCUAUCGUUUUUGAGAAUGAAUGUGUUUCAUUUAGUGCAAUUUGUUGACCUAUGAUCAUUACAAGUCUAAAAGGUCAGCUGGGUUGUUGUGGAUAGUAUAGAUUUGUAAUGUGUAAAUAAUUGCAAAAUUUGUUUACGCGUUAUCUGUUUUACUCGAUUAGCAAUAUGCAGAGAUGAUUAUGUAAGUAACAGUAAGCUACAGUAUCUAUGACCAUUGCUAUGUACUUAAGUCCCGGUGUUGUGUAUUUCAGACACGAAAUAUUAUGGCAAACAAUUAUCAGAUUUUAAAGUUUUUUUCCUCGUAUGUCUUUCUGUGUAAUGCUUACAUAAUAAUGCAUUUUAACUGUAUUAUAUCCUUUUUGAAUCAAAUCCCCAAAUAAAGUAAAUUAAUCUGUUGAUUUAUCAUUAGUUAUUAACAAUUGACACAGUAGUUAGAUAAUUACGAUGAGGUGCUUUAGUCUUACAGUUGCCACCAUCAUGCAUCAGUUGAUCAUGCUUAUAGUACAAUCUUCAAUUUCCCCCCAUUAAUCACAUACUUUGUAGUUCCCGUUACGGCUAUUCUCGAUUGAAAUUCCUUCUGUACGAAAUUGAAUAAUUUAAAAGAAGAAAAUGAUUGAUUAUGUUUCUACCUUGAAGUUUGAAAUUUUAGUAGAAAGCGUCCUACUUUAUUUUCUCGCGUAUGUUUGCCCUAUAUUACUAGCAAACUACAGAAUGUGUAAAGUUUCAUAAUGCUUGUUGAAGGCUUUAUUCAUCUUAGAUUCAAAAGAUUGCCAGAAAACCAUUUACCGUAUCCUCUCAUUAAGUUGACUUUAAAAAACGUCAGAAAGUAGUUGAAAGUAUUUCCAUCGUAGUUUCAUUGUGUCAGAAAACGGUUCAGUGGUUUUUAUUUUAACAUUGUCCUAAUUCGCUGGAAAAAGGACGACUGAAAUCAACAUUUGAACAUAGGUUAACUUCUAUACAUUGUCCUCACUGUCCUCUUUUAAAGUUUUCGUAUUCUGCCAGAAAAUGUAGUUUGGUGCUAACAUGUGUAUGCCAUAUUAAAUGGACAUAUAAUGCUUAUAUUCUGUUCAUAUUUGAUUUUUGUUGCUCAAUAUGGGGAAAGCGUAAUGCAGAUGGAAUUCAAAGAAUUGUUAAGAUGCAGAAAAGAGCUGCCAGAAUUAUACUGGAUGCACCAAUACUAACACCUACUGUAAAUUUAUUUAAAGAGCUAAAAUGGUUAAAAUUCAAAUAUAGGAUUACUUAUCAUAAAUUGAUUCUUAAUAAUAAAGCUCUUAAUAACCUUAACAGAUUAUGUUAUCUGAUUAUGAACCUACACAGCAGAAAUUUAAGAUCUUCUGCAAACAAUAAUCUAGCCUUCGUCAGGCCUAGCACAAAUUCGAUGAAAAAUCAUUAAAAUAUAGCUCCUCAAUACUUUGGAAGAAACUACCAAAUGAAAAAAAAACUAUGUGAAAAUCUUGGUACUUUUUAAAGUAAAUGUGUAGAUGUUUUAACUAUAAAUGAUAUGUAACAACUCUCUAACUCGAUUUUGACUUUUUAUGCGACUGUCAUACAAGUGAGAGGUUUAGCUAGCUAUAAAACCAGGUUUAAUCCACCAUUUUCUACAUAAGAAAAUGCCUGUACCAAAUCAGGAAUGUGACAAUUGUUAUUCAUUCGUUUGAUGUGUUUGAGCUUUUGAAUUUGACAUUUACUUAGGGACUUUCCGUUUAAAAUUUUCCUUGGAUGUCGGGAUUUUUUUUUGUUAUAUUCGGUAUUUUUGUAAUUUUACUUUUUAAUGUUUAUGUAUAAUGUAUAAUUUUUGUUCUUGUUCUACAGACAAUCAUUUAGCGUGAAAGUUGAAUUGUAUGUUCAAAAAAUUGUAAUAUUUGUAAUACAUGUACUUGUUCUGUAUGUUUUUCGUGAGUGCCUCAAAGUAGAUUAUUGAAUGCUUAUUGA